UCUAAAUGAAGACAGAUAACUUGGCUGGCAAAAGACUCAACUCCUGAGUCCAAACUUUGUCUCCAUUGCAAAUAUUAACUCAGUUGCGACCCCAGAGAUCCAAAGGCAAGAGCUGAAGAGGAAAGGCUUGCCAACAUUUCAAACCAGAUCAACAGGGACAAGUGGACAAGUACAAAUGCAGUCAAUGACGUUCCUCCACCUCUCCUUUUUUGGCCUCCUGGUCUCCAGCUUCUUCUUAGAAGGCACUGAAACAGCCAGCUGCCCUGAGUCUUGGUUGGCAUACAAGGAUAAGUGCCGUGGGCUCUUCACUGAGGAGAAAACCUGGACAGAGGCAGAGGUUGCAUGCCAGCGGUAUGGCCAGAAUGGCCACCUGGCCUCCUUUCUCUCAGCGCAAGAAAAUACCAUGGUGGCUCAGUUCAUUGCUGCCAACUAUCCAGGGAUAGAAGGUGUCUGGAUUGGAUUUCAUGACCCCAAAAAGAAUGGAAGAUGGAAAUGGACAGAUUUAGCAACCACCAACUUCAGGCCAUGGAAAAUUGGAGAGCGUAUAGAGGCACCCAGUGAGAAAGCUUGCGUCUAUAUGGUAGGCUCAGAAGGUUUCAAGGGAUGGAUGAACGAUGAUUGCCAAGUCAAGAGGCCCUACGUCUGUAAGAUGGGGUAGAAAGAGCGGACAGUCAGCUCGCCAAUAAGAGUGUUGCAUGCCUCCUUUGCCCCCUUGUUCUCAAUAAAGAUCGUCAUAACAGCA